AUUUCCCAGAAUUCCUUGUCGCUCAGACGCGAGAAGGUCGCAUUUUAGCAUUGAAGCAGAGAAGAGACCGGGUCCGAAUAAUGCUGGGACAGGCUGUAAGGCGAUUUGCAACAUCUGCAGUUCGUUCUUCACAUUAUGCUGAAGGACCAGGGAAGAACCUGCCUUUUUCUGUGGACAACAAGUGGCGUCUGCUGGGCAUGAUGGUGUUGUUCUUUGGCAGUGGCUUUGCGUUCCCCUUCAUUGUCGUCAGGCAUCAGAUCCUGAAGAAGUGAAAUGGCCCAGUGUUAUUCAACCUUCAAGGUUGUCGUCUGGAACAUAUUUAUCCAUCACAGUGCAGAAGAAUGGGAAUUGCUUAUUUGUAAAUAAAAUCUCCUUUAAAGAUGAA